CCAGAAUAAUGUGCGGGCAGGAAUAGUCGUAAAGCAGUCAAAAUGUCGCCGAUUUGCAAACGCGAAAUUUAGGAAAACAUCGACAAAAUAACGCUAUAACAUGGCAUUUUCUCAUCGAGCAAAGGGCCGGGGUAGAGGCCGAGGUGUUGGGGAAGUUGCUUUCGCGGCAAGAAGCGGACACGGAGAAAGCGAAGGCGAGGCCCACGACGGAUAUGAACACGAAAGAGAAACUGCUCGUGGGCAGGGUCCUCAAGAAUUGCGUAUAACUGUCGGGAAUGACAAGUUUAGAGACAGACAUGAACAUACUGAAAGGCAAGCAUUGCAUAGAGAAGCUAUGCACAGAGAUGAGGAACAGUAUAGGCGGGAGGCAGACCUUUAUGGUGGCAGAGGGGAAAGGGAGUAUAGAGACUACAGGCACUCUAGCUCUUAUGACAGGGACCCAUACAGACGACCUGAAGAGAGAGACUACGGUGAUCGACGAGGCCUUGGAGCAGAGCAUGGCAAUGUGCCAGCCAGGGAAGCUUUGCCACCGGCACCUCAACAAAGACAAGAGCAUUUGUUUCCGGCCGCUUCUGCCUCGCCAACACACUCAGUAGGGUCAGCAGCCUCUGGACACACAAGUAGGCCUGGGCCAUUGAAAUCAAUCCUGAAAAAGAAGAAUGAGCCUUCGCCCACGGAGAGGGCACCACCAAAAGUGUCAGGGCUGCCAGGAAUGGCAAAUUAUAUUGAUGAUAUAGAGGAUGAAGAUCGGUUUCUGUAUGGAGAUGAUGAAAGAAAGGAGACCUCUCCAAGACAUGCCGGAAGAGCUCCCCCUGCUAGUGCCUCUUCUAACAUUCUCUCAGCUGCACACAACUGGCAGCCUUCUGGGCCUCAGAGACCAGCAGAAGAGUCCAGGUAUGGCAGCAGCCAUAGGCAGUAUGCUGACCAUGAUCAGUACCCUCCGCAUUCACAUCAGCAGGUACAACAACCUCCUGCUGCAAGUGAGUCAGGUGGUGACCUUUGGAGCAUGCUUGCGAAAAGCGUCCAGGCUGUUCAACAGCAACAGCAGGUGGCUCCAGCAGCUUAUGGUGCACCCCAAACCCAGCAAUAUGGCCUUCCACCUCAACAAGUACAGCAACAGCAAGUACAGCAACAGCAAGUGCAGCAACCAGUGCAACAAAUUGCAGCUCUACAGGCUCCAGGGCAUGACCCCACUAUUGAAAACAUAUUGAAAUCAAUUGGAUUCGACUUUGAAAUGUCCAAGAGAAUGCAAGAGAAGGCUAAACAUGCAACUGGAGAAGCUCCUCCAAAAGAGCACAGGCCUGCAGAUCCUGAAUACGGCAUAAAUGAAAAUGCAUCAUUUAUUGGAAGUGGAAUGUCACAUGAAGACAUGCGCUCUCAGCUGAAACCUGCAGCUCUGGAUCACAAGAGAAGGGAAUCAAAACAGGAAGCUGGCAAAAGACUGGAGAGAGGUUGUUCACCUGUAAGUGAUGAUGGUGAACCGCCAGCUCCAAUGUUCAAUUUGCCACCAAUAACAAUCAAACGACGUUCAAAUGUUGAGAGAAGAAGCCCUGACUGGGACAAGAGAGUGGAAAGGAGGAGCAGUAGAAGUCCUGAGAGUGGACGCGGUGAAAGUCCUCAUUGGAAUAGAAGUGUUUCAAGUCACCCAACUAGAAGAUCCCCAAGUCCGCCUCAUCAUAGGUCAUCACUCUCAAGAAGUCCAGAGAGAAGAAUCUAUGUGGCAGAAAAACGUUCACCUAGUCCUGCCGUAAGGCAGUCCAUUACCAAGCGUCAGUCUCCAAGCCCAGCAGUUCGUUCCAAGAGUCCCAUUAUUACAAGGACCAUUAACUUAGAUGGAUUAUUACCAAAAUUUAAACGCAAGUUUAGUGUUAGUCCAGAUAGAAGAAGUAGAAGCCCAAGACCUAGAAGUCCUGUUGCAAGACCACGCAGUCGCUCCAGAAGUCCGGUUGGAAGACGCCAUAGUCGUAGCAGGAGCCCUAGAAUGAGGCAGCGUAGUAGGAGCAGGACACCAAGAGGGUCUAGGAGGCGCAGUAGAAGUACAAGUAGAGGAAGAAAACGAGGUCACAGUAGAAGUCGAAGUAGGAGCAGGGAUAGGAAAUACAGACGCAGUUCUAGUAGGGAUAGAUAUAGAAGACCAAGCGGUCACAUGGCAAGAAGUGGAAGUCGUGAAAGAUUUCAUAGAGGAGGAAGAAGAGGACUGUCAGGUUCACCUAUUUCUUCUGAUUCUGACUCAGAUCCUGAUGCACCAGCCAAUAAAGAAUACUUUUCUGCCCCCCUGAGGCUGAACAGAGAUAACUAUGGGAAAGUUGGGUAUGAGAGGUCACCACAAGUGCACCCACCAGAAGGCCCUCCUCCCUUUUCAGGUCCCCCACCAACAGGACCUCCACCAGGCAUGUUUAUGGGGCCGGGAUAUCCUCCUCCUAGCAUGCCACCACCCGGAUUCCCCUAUGGAAUACCAGUGCCACCCGGAAUGCCACCUCCCGGUUUUCCUACUUAUAUACCUCCUCCAGUUUCUUAUAGUAUGCCACCACCUAUGAGUGCCCCUGGGCCAAUGAUGUCACAACCACCCCCAGAUCUGGCACCCCCAGGAACCAUGCCUUUAGAAAUGCCUUUGACCAUACCAGCAAGACAUAGUACAGCAGAAAACCGAAUGGGAUCUCCAAUACCUGUCGAGAGGAACUUCAGGAAAAGAUCUCGGUCACGAUCUAGCAGCUGGGGAAGAGAAAAGGCCAGAAGAAUGUCCAGAUCCCGAAGCCCUGAUAAAGGCAGAGGUCGAAGGUCACGAUCCAGAAGUCAGGAUAGGAGCAGAGAGAGGCGAAAGUCUAGAUCAAGAAGUGUAGAUAGAAGCAGGCAAAGAAAGAGAAGCAGAAGUAAGGAUAAUGAACACGACAAGAAGACUGAUAAAGUGAAUGAGCUGAGUAAGACCGUUUCAGAAACCACAUCUAAAGUGAAUACAGAAGAUAGGAAAAUAAGUGAGUCACCAAAAGAGUCCCAUGUUGAUUCAACAAGUAAAGAUGAUGCUAAGAGAGUUUCAGAUAGUUCUGAGUCUGAAAAAGAAAAGGCAAAGAUCCUCAGAGAAAAAGCUAGUUAUGAUAGUGAAAUAAAAGCACUUGAAAUAGAAUAUGAAAAUUUGAAGAGGCAAGAGGUAGCUCUGAAGAAGAAACAGGGAAGCAGUAGCAGACCAGAUCCUAUUCUUGUAGAAAACAAUAAACUGCUAAAUGAAAUCAAGAAAGAAUUGGGAAAACUGAAGUCCAAACGUCAAGAUCUUGUAUCUAAAUAUGGAAAAAUUCUAGCUCCAGAGCCAGUUGUUAAAAGAGAAAUUAAAAUUACACCAAAGGCUGGAGGGGAACAGAAAGCAACACCAAAAAAAGUGAAAGAAGAGUUCAAGGUAGAGAAGGGCAAGCUAAUGAAGCACUACUUUGUGGAUAAUGGGGACCACUGGUGCAGGAGCUGUAAAACUCUUUGCCUGAACCUUCACGACUUUGUGCAGCAUGUCUACAGUUCGAAACACAAAAAGACAUUGAUCCCAGAUUACAGGCCCUGGAAGGAUGGUUUCCAGCUCAGUGAUGGUAUGAUUGUCAACAAAGCGGGCAUCCAGGUACCAGUUCCAGGCAUUGAGUUCCUGAUGCCGGUGUCCUCGUUCUACUGUCAGAUCUGCAAGAUCCUGCUUGCGGACAGCUCCUGUGCCGUGGACCACUUCCGCUGCGAGUCACACUAUCUGGUCUACAAGAAAUACUGCAAAGAUAACCCGUUUUACGAGCAAAAGUACAAGGAAGAAAAAGCUGCCUUCUUAGCUGGGAAAAACCUGACACCUGAAGAGAAGAAAGACUUGGAAGAGACGAAAAAAGUUCAAGCAGAACAAUUCAAGAAGAGACAGGUACAGAAAAACAAGGAGGUUGAUAACAGAGUGCGAGAAAACGAAAAAAAGUGGGAGAAGUCUGUAGAGGAUUUGGAUGAUUCAAAGGAGGCAACAUCCCCAACAGCCAUCUCGAAAGAAAAAAUAAAGCUAAGUUUGAAGAGCCAGAAGAGUGUAGAUGAAGACCAGGAAAAGCCAGAUGAAGUUCCAGAGGAGGACAAUAGUAAAAAUACUGAGGUCAAGGUUGAAAGUACAUCAGAGGAAAAGAACAACGAUAAAAAGACAGAGGAUGGGGAAGAUAAAAGCAAGAUUAACUUUAAUGUUACCUUGACUGGCAAAAAUAUAGUUGGCAAAGCCAUCGCACCAAAGAAAAAUCCAUUACUCCCACCUUGGCAGCCAGUAUCUAAAAAACCGGAGCAGGUUACAAAGCCAAAUGAGACUGCGUCUGGUUUGGAUUCUUUUCUGACUACUUCAACAGGUGAUGGCAAAAUACCUGUUGUUGGUGAAAAGAAGAAACUAAGUGCAAGAGAUGUGCUUAAAGCAUUUAGUGCACGAAAAGAGGAGGAACAAGCAGCUAAAGAAAGAAGAGAGUUGGAGAAAAAGCUAGAAGAAGAAGAAAAGAGAAAACAAAAGCAAAAAGAAUUUGAGGACAUGGUAGCUGCAGCGCAAUUAGCACAAAAAGCUAAGGAGUUGAUUGAAAAGGCAAAAGCAGAUGAAGAGAAGAAAAUGAUGGGUAUUGAUCCUGAGUCUGAAGCCCCAUUGGCAGAAAUCAAACCGCCGCCACCACCUUCUCAGAAUGUACCCCAUCCUGAGCAGAAAACUCCUGCCAGUUUGACAGCAAGUGAUGCUCAGAAAGUCUAUCUGUCAGACCUGAACACUCCUGCAGGUUCAAUCAAUAUUGACCUUGACUCAAUUCCUAUCCCUCUGCCUGUGCCACCACCACCACCACCACCGAUACCACCUCCACCACCAUUGCCAAAAGAGGACAUUAACCAUAAAGAGCAAACUGAAAUGAAAGCUGGAGAAGACAAGGUAAACGUGGUGGAUGGCUUUACAGCUCUUGUACCACCGGGCACAAAAGGCUUCAUUGAAACAUAUGAGCUCAUCCGACCAGAAGGUGAAAAGAUGACAGGUAUUUCAGUUGAACGUGAAAUGCUGGAUGAGUUUACACCCCUUGUACCACCUGGUACAGAAGGAUACAUUGAAACAUAUGAGUUAUCUCAGCCAUAUGGUGAAAAGGUGACAGGUAUUUCUAUAGGAGGUGAAAUUAAAGGCAAUGGAACAAUUCUAUUAAAUGAUGAUUCUGAUGUUGAAGAUGUUCAGAUGGUUGAUGCCUUUUCUGUUAAUGAAGACACUGCAGUUUCUGAUACUUGCAAUGAAGUCAAAGCAAAUGCUUAUGAUUCGGUCACGGUAUCAGACAAAGAAGAAAAUGGAAAAGAAGAAGCUGCUACUUUAUUAAGAGCAAAUGAAAUUAAUAUGGAAAGUGAAGUAUCAAAACUGACCAAUGACAAUGAUACUGAAAACGGUCAGUGUAUUAGUUUAUUUGAAAACAAUGAUGCACAAGUUCAUGCUAAAGACAAAACAAUGAAUGAAACAUCAGAUGAAACUGCUAAGCAGAGUAUGGAUCAACAAAUGGCUUUGGAACUUGGUCUCCCUUGCACUACUGAUGAUAUAAGUAUGAAUGUUGACAUGGGCACUGAAUUGGAAUACCUGAAAGAGGAGAACAUUCCAACCAUUCAGGAUAUGGGUGAAUCUUCGUUAGAUUCAUUUUUUAUGGCUGGGGAUAUUCCUUUACCUGAACCCUUAAGAGAAAAUUCUCCUGAAAAAAGGACCAUAAAAGAAGAAAGUGAGCUUUCAAAGACAUUAAGUGGAGAUACCACAGCAGUGUUUCCAAAUGAUUCUGCAGAGAAAGAACCACCUGCAGAUAAUGCAGAAAUUGCUACCAAACCAACAAACAAAGAACCAGUGGAACAGUCUUAUGAUGUUGCAAAAGAAGAGGAAGAGAUGGAAAUAAAGCCAAAGAAACAGACAGCCAAACGUGGCAGAGGUCGUGGAAGAGGGAGAGGUAGAGGCAGGGGUCGCGGUGCAAAGCUCAAGGCCACUGCUGGAAGGUCUACAAGGUCAACUGUGAAGGAUGUGGAGUCUGAUUCCGAAAAUAUAGACAGUGACAUUGAAGUGAUUAAUCUUAAGCCUCAUGAUGUUGAGAGUGCUAGUUCUAACGAUACUGUUGAUACAAAUAAAGAGUCUGAAAAGACCAAUGUUGAAUUUGAUGUUGAAUUAGAUUCUCCUAAUAAGAAAACUGUUCAGAGUCCACGUAAAUCCAGACCCAGAGCUAGUAAAAUUUUACACUGUGAAACUGCUGUUGCAGAAAAGGAAGACAAAGAUGAUGUCAGUGACACAAGCAGUGUCCACAUGGGCAGCGAUUUUGAGGUGGUGGACGAACUAGAGGACCAAGAGAUGAGUUAGAAAGUUAAAAGAAGGAAGCAUGAGUGAUUUCAUAAUUAUCGUUGAUGUAAAAGGUUGAUCGAGCUGUUUGGCCAAUAGACAAUGAUUCUUCAGAGUGAAGUGCUAAGAAGACGCUAUUAUUGUGGAAGUUCCAUGCCUAGCUGAGAGAUGUGCUUUGGCUUUGUUAUUUGUUUGACAACAUUUUAAGAAGAAAUUCCCAAAGAGAUGAUAUUUCGAAACAUUUUUAAUGGAAUGACCAGUACCAUUUAUCAGCGUGUAAAACAUUAUAAUUACAGAAUCACUCUAUGUGUGUAUGUAAAUGACCUACACGUAACAGUGCGAGUUGUGCAGCUACUACGGCGAUUUUCUUUAUGCUUUAUCUUGUGUUAUUUGAUUUUGUUAAGUGUUUUCACACAAGUGUAGAAUAAAAUUAUGAUUAUGAAAAUCAUUAUUGGUUAUUAAAUUAAAUAAAUCGUCCUUGUGUGGAAGGAAUGGUGAUUGAAAAAGUGAGACACGUCCAUCAACGAUUUAGGGAUGUUCGGGUACUGUGAAAUGAAUGAAGAUUGACCGCUGCAUGAUUUCUGGCUUUAACAAACUGAAUGUUUUGGGAUGAAUGACUUCCUGAAUGUGUUGUAAAGAAGAUCGAAGCAUUGUAUUAACGAACGCUUAUACUUGCAAGUUCCUUAUUUACUUACCAUAAUAAUGUGCUUUUGUUACAUAUUUUUGUAUGUUUUGUAUUUCAUUUAAAUGUGUUGUCUUCAUCAUGUUACCAUGUUUUUUGGAGUUUUUAUUGUAUCCAGUUGUGUCAUGGUUUUAUUCACAGUUUGGAAAGAAAGUUUUGCUGUUUUUAAACGGAUAUAACCCUGUGCGUGAAUGUACACGAAGUCACGGCACAGCAGUUCAAGUGUUGCCAAGAAAAGCAUGCCAUGAUGGUGCUCUACCAUUGAAGCGGGGACGAGAGGGAGAACCUAGACAUAGAACAUACUGAAUGUGUGUCGAAAACUUCCUGAUGUUAUAUUGGUUGUUGGUUAAUGGUUUCUAUGUUUUAAAAUGAAAUUUGUGUAAGUUGAUAAAAUUUUGUUUGCAUGAGUUUAUAUUGUUUUCUUUCUUUCAGGCUAAUAUAUAAAAUGCAAUAAUCUGUAUUUGUCAGUUUCGAAGUGUGUCAGGCAAGAUUUUUCUGAAAUUAUUUUCUGUCUCGACUACUUAACAUUUAAUUUGAAAGCCGAAAAUAUAUUUAUUUUAACCAUACAAUAGUUAACUGUUUAAAUAUAAAAUCGCCUUCAAAUUAAGAAACUGAGAAAUUACAAGAGCUUUUAAACUGGCGUUAUCAUAUUAAAACAACAAUUAUUUCGAGCAUUGUUCGUAUAGCUUUUUUGUAUGGAUUUUAGUGAUAAAAUAAACAGAUUAAAACGUG